AUGUGUAUGGACGUUUCUAAACUGCUGCGAACAUGGAGACAGAAGAAGCCGAGAUUGCUUUGCCCUGUCAUGAAACAGAAAAAAUCAACUUGUUAUGCUAUAGCUUACGUGAGGCAGCUCGAGUUCCACCUCAAAGAGCAUUUAUCUAUCCAGGAUUUCCUCAAUCAGAUUCUCAAGAGUUACCUUUUAGAAGAUGGUUCGCUCAAUGUAGAUUCUUCCUUUGUUCUUCUCCCAGGUUUAAGGUUCAAAGCCAAGGAGAUCACUCAGCACAAGCUGUAUUUUGAAGGAUGUCUUGAGAGUCAAGAUGAAUAUGAUAAGUUCCAUGCGAUCCUUCUUCAAAAGUUGAAGAAAGGAGUUCUAUCUGAGAUUUACUUUCCCACUAAGAAUGAAAUGGCUGGCAACACCGAGCGUUAUGGUCAUGUUAUGGUUUGUACUGGCCAUAAUUAUGACAGAUUGAAUCGCUUGUACUAUGAGUUGCAAGAAGUUGCUGGAGUGAAGGUUUGUGAUCAAGGUUUUGUAAGGGUGUAUGCUGAUCUGGUGUAUCAAUUCAUUGAGAUGGUUGUUUAA